AAAUUUGACAAUAACAAAAUUUACAAAUGCUUAAUUGACAAUGAAGGAUAGUUUGUUUUGAUGUUCCGAACGUUCAUUUAUGAUUGUUGAUUUUGGGCAAAGUAAAACAUUCCCAUAAUUUAAAAUUAAAAUAUGCUAAAAAAAAAUUAAAAUAUGGACAAGUCGAACAAUGAAACACUUGAUUUAUCUAAGCGUGGGCUUAAGAAAAUAGAGAAAGCGCACGCUGAGGAUGCUGAUACUGUAAUCAAUUUGAUUUUCGAUCAAAAUGAAUUGCAGCGUAUCGAAAACAUUGAUUCCUAUCAACGAGUUGAAAACCUGUCAAUAUGCAAUAAUUUUCUGUUGCGUAUGCAUGGUGUAUCUAGACUCACAAACAUCAGGGUGCUGGCUCUCAACAAUAAUGGAAUACUACAGAUAGAGGGUCUCAAAGAUUUGAUAUACUUGAAAGUAUUGAAAUUAGCUGGUAACAGCAUCAAAUCAAUAGAACAUCUUAAUCACAAUAUACAUUUGGAACAUCUUGAUUUAUCAAAUAACCAGAUAUCGUAUAUCGCUGAUAUAUCCUACUUGAAAUGUUUGAAGCAUCUCAAUCUGGAACGUAACCGUAUAAUGGAUCUCCGUCAGUGUGACCGUUACUUCCCCACCAACCUCCUAACUCUAGGGUUGGCACACAACAACAUACAAGAUCUCAAUGAAGUGUCGCAUUUGGUUCAUCUAUCGGAAUUGGAGAGUUUCACCAUACAGGGCAACCCCUGUGUGGCUAUGGCGGGGAAGGAUAAAUUAGGUUUUGAUUACCGUCCAUUUGUUCUGAACUGGAUCAUGAGUGUCAAAUCUAUUGACGGAUUCAUAGUUAGUGCAAUAGAGAGUUUGAAAGCAGAGUGGUUAUACAGUCAGGGUAAGGGUCGAAUAUUUCAGCCAGGUCAACAUAAGGAACUUUGUGAAUAUCUCGCGGCCACGUGUCCUCUUACGGCGGACGCGCUGGAGACGGAGGAUCAGAGGAAAUUGAGACUUAUAUUGAGCAAGGCUCAACAUCACCAACAACAGCUGAAAGAUCAAAAUCAUAGUCCCAUCAAAUCUAGGAUACAGUCACCUAGAAUGCAGUCUCGUAUGUCGUCUCGCUACGUGGGUCGUUCUCCGGAUAGGCUCUCUUCCAGCUGUCAUUCUCGUGUGAUGAGUAACAGCUGUUCUGGAGACCUGCCGUCAUCGUCGCCGCUACCGCCCACCCUCCCGGCAGCUAUGUCACAGUCCGUCACACACACACUGACGGACAGACGAGAAAAGACAGAUCAACCAAAAGUAAUGAACCAGCCAUUGGAGGCUGCGUCCAAAAUGGUUCCCGUGCCGGAGUCACUAAUGAGUCCCGACUACCAGGACCCGAUAUACGACAUACAGAAGACAAUACCAAAGACAACCAACAACAACCUAUCCAACACCUCCUCACAGUCCAGUAACAGUAGCGUUACGGAAGAGAAAAGACAGAUAUGCAAACUAAAGGGAUCACCGAAGUUACCGAAAAGCAACACUUCGUCCCCCAAAAUGAAACCCAAAAUAGAAAGGAAAGGAAGUCUCACUAAGAUCGAAGCUGACAAGAAAUUAAACGGAGUGAAGGACAAAGAAGAUAUCGACCAAGAUAAGCUGGAAGUGAUAAAGCUCGCGUCCAAUCAGAGGCGGCAGAAAAAGAUGAGCGUGGAAAACAUGGCGGCCGUCACGAUACAGAAGAUAUGGAGGGGAUACAGAAGUAGGAAUCUUAAUAAAGACACGCUGAGGAUUCUACAUGCUAUACAAGCUGCUAGAGCUAGGCAGCAUAUACAACGUCUCACAUGUGAUAUGGAAGCGACUAAAGCUGCUCUGGAGAGUGAGAGGAAGAUACAGCAGUUACAGAUGCAGGCCAUCAACGCACUGUGGAAGAAAGUCUCCACUCUACAGACUACUGAUCCAAAGCAUAGAGUUUCGGAUUCAGAGGAUAACUCGGAGGCUCUCAGACAGUUGACAGAAACCUGUGUGUCGCUGCAAGCUCAGGUAGUGGAGCUCCAAGGUUGUAUGAGGGAUGUCCUCCGGGCAGUAGGUCGGACUGGUGAGGCUCAAGUCGCUACACAGACGGACAUAACAGCUGUUAUUACACCGCAGGAGGAACGUUGCAGUUGGCUGAAAAGACCACAGUCGUUAGCCCUACCAGCUCAUUGUGCGGAUACCGUUGAGAAGUCUGAAUCAGAAAUCAUUCCCAUAGAGCGCACCGAGUCCAUCAUCGAGGAGAGUAUAGAGAAUCAAGAAAGGGAAUUGUUGGCCGACUGAUUUGGAACUUAUUGUGACGAAGAUAAAGCUCGUUUUGCUGUGGCUUCGCUUGCUAUAUUUUUUUAAAGGCAACCUAAAAGAAAGACAACUAAGAAUUUAUGUUAUUAUACAAUGUUAAUAUUUCUUUAUACGGAAAGACAGCUGAAAAGACGUUAUUAUUUAUUAGCUGAACCGUCGGUUGCCUUGUUUCGGCUAUUCGGCUUGUAAUAAACAAGGGAUCUCGCGCUAUCGCUAGUAAUAAGCUUACAUUCUAAUAAUAUUUUUCACAUGACAGUAGUGUUGUAGCGUUUUAACUUUAAUUAGAAUUUCAAUACUAAUGACUUUUGUUUCAUAAUUAUUUAAUUUUUUUUUUUUAAUUUUUCGUCACAAACGAUGGUUGUUUAUUGUGUAUCGAAUUUUGAUUUAAUUUAAAUUUGAUGUAUUACAAAUUUGAUUGACGUAGGAUUUAAUUUAGCACUCGUUGUAGUAUUAAUAUUUUUAUAUGGCCACACUUAAUUCUCGGUUAUCUCGUUGAUAACUAACAUAGAUUUCGCACUAACACUGCCAUAACAUUUCAGGUAUUUAAGAAAAUGUUGCAUUUUUUUUCCCUUAAAUAUAUAAAUAAUUCAAAACAAUUGUUUACUAUAAAAAAAUAAUAAUAACAAGAACGAAUUUAAAAAAAAUUAUUGUUAUUGUCAUCUUAAUGGCGCAAUUUUUACAUGGAGCGGCCAUGUUGGUUUUUCGGAAUUAAUGUUUUUUUUUAUUCAAAAUCAAAGAGCUUUUAUAAUAUAAUUCUAGCACUCAUAAGGAUAAGGUUUUAAUUAUUUUUUUUUAGUUUGGUGUUUUUUUUUUCUUGUUAUUAGCUUAUCAUUAAUUUAAUAACGCGACUGUUCGGUCUGGUUCUAGGAUCUGACGUUUUUAAAUUUAACUCCAAUAUUGCCUUAUUUUAGUAGAAAUAUUGAAAUGUUUAUUGUGAUUUUUUAAUAAUUUUUUUUAGUCACUGUAUGAAUGUCCCAGUUAGCUGGAUGUGUAAGCUGACCAGGUAUCCGCUACUCGAGCACUGGAUUAAUAAGUUCUAUAUAUCUUUUUCUAUAAUAAUGUUAGCUACAUAUUCUGAAUGAUGAUAAUAAUUUUUCGUAAUCACAGAAUUGUAUUUUUUUUUUCUUUCUAACUGUUGUAUUAAGAACUAGUCAUUUUUGUAAGUUUGUAAAAGUUUUACUAGACCGAUUCUCUAUUUAAUAUAUGAAUAUUGAGAUGUGUAGUGUUGAUGUGUUGAUGUCCGCGAAUCAGUCGGGUUCAACUUUUACGAGCAUUCUUAAGGAAGUUAUUAUUUUAUUAAUUUCAAUAUAAGUACAGGCGAAUUGUAAAAAAUUUGCACCCUGAAACCUGUCCAAAGAUCUGCAAUAAUCCAAAAAUUAGAAAUUAAUAUUUAUUUUAUAUAACAAUUUACAACAAAAAGUACACGAUCAUAUUUCUUUUUUUUUAACGGCAUUAAAUUGACGAUUUUAUUUUUAAAGUACCAAAAAAAAAAUGCUUCGCGCGACGCACUUCGCUUCGAAUCUAGUGUAAGGAGAGCACAAAAUAUAUGUAUGUAUGUCGUAUGUCGGUCCCUGUGAGUGUCGGUCCUCGUCGAGUGAUGUACAAUUAUUAGGUAAAUUUAAUGUUUUCCUCGUUAUAAUUUUUUCAUUGGACUCGUUUUGAUAUUCGCUGUUUACUAGUUAAGUUUGAUGUCUGCCGUCCUGAACGUCUCCUGUGUCGCCUCCCCACCUUGAGUUGUCCGUUGAUAGCCUGUAUUAUUGUUUUAUAAAACAUUUUUAAAAAUCU